AUUUAAUCCUCCAAAUAAUUACUAUUUACGCGAGGUAGUUUAUGUACUUUACUGGUCGCAGCACUACAAUUUACUUUCGCUACUGUAUUUUCUGACACCACAAUAUUCGUGGCCGAGUCAGCCUUCGCUUUUCAAGCAAUAUACGACCAAUUAUAUACAACAUGGCUGCCAACUUCCAACUUCCAUUCCAAUGCAUCCAAUAUCUGGAGAGACAGUGCGCAGAACCCCAGAAGCUGCUUAUUGCAUCGUCUGGGGGCAAGAUUUACUCCUACACUGCAGAGACCGGGCAGCGUCUCUCUUCUUGGCCGCAAGAUGUAGAUGCAAGCAAUGCAAAUAACUGCAAGCCAACCGAGACAGACACUGGAUCAGAAGACCAUGCACCACCAGAGAAGAAGAGAAAGGUUUCUCAGUCCGAGGAUGGACCUGCCGAAACUUCCAAAUCGCCCGUCAAGACUCCAGCUUGGUCCAGCAUUCCUAUUUUAGUUGUGCAUUCGAGUGGAGAUUAUGUGGUUGCGCUCACUGCGGAAGAUAAGUGCAUUCGUGUCCUCCGCGUGAAAGAUGACGGCAUUUUUGAACAAUUAAGCGAAAGAUGUAUGCCGAAGAGGCCAUGUAGUAUCGUUCUCACUGAUGACGGUAACACAAUCCUCUGUGGUGAUAAAUUCGGGGAUGUUUACUCGCUGCCACUUCUUCCCAGCAACGAGCCAUAUGUGGCGCCAAAGCUUCCUAAUCGGCCAAAGGUACCCGCAGCAACACCCCUUACAGUGCAUAGUAAGCGAAAUCUUGAAUCUUUGGAACAGCAGCUGCGCUAUGGUCAGAAAAACCCUACCGAAGAAAAGACCAGCCUGAAUUUCCAGCAUCAAUUACUACUUGGUCAUGUGUCAUUGCUCACGGAUGUUGCGUUUGCCACGGUGCCUCGGGAUGAUAAUUCCGGUCAAAAGCGCAGUUACAUCCUAACCGGAGACCGCGAUGAGCAUAUCCGAGUCUCUCGCUAUCCUCAGGCUCAUAUUAUUGAAGGUUAUUGUCUGGGCCAUACUGCAUUCAUCACCAAGCUCUGCAUUCCCAAAUCUGCUCCGGAAUAUCUCAUCUCUGGCGGAGGAGACGACUUUUUGCUAGUCUGGAAGUGGGUCGAAGGCCGUAUGCUCCAGAAGAUCCCCCUAGUGGAGCAGGCAUCAGAGACUACACAGGUCACAGUUCGUGGAAUAUGGGCGACAUCAAUCGGCGGAUCGAAUAUUGUUCUUGUUGCGCUUGAUGGGUCCUCACAGCUGCAAUGCUUCGUGCUUGAGUCGAAUGGCACAUUAAAAACACAGGACCCAAUCGAGAUGUCUGGCAACGUAUUAGAUAUAGCCAUCAUGGAGAAGAAGAGCACAAUUGUUGUGUCUGUGGACUCUAUCCGUGAGAAGGGCUCGACCCACGAAUGGAGAGCCAGCCCAACAGGCUCCUUGAAUCUCAUUGAAUCGUUCCGCGUGAAGCUGGGAGCAGAAAACUUGGAGUGGGAGCCGGUCACAGAAUCGCUAGUUACCAAUAUCAACCUGGGUGGCUCCUCUGGCAUUCCAGCAGAUGCCGACACGAAGCAAAGAAAGGAACUCAACGAGUUGUUCUAUAGUUUGAGCAAUCUGCGCAAGACGCACGGGGAGGAUUAGAACUGAGGGAUAAUCGGCCGCUGUGCAUUUAAACUACUUAUUAUUUAAAUAGUCUAUUGAAGUAGACAUGCUGCAAACUUUGUUUCGGUUCGUACGCCUUUGUAUGGUACAAUUAAGGGAUUGCGUACAUACUACCAGUACUAAUUACUACAUACUCUGGUAUGUAGCCUGGCAAAUGGAAGGUUUCCGAAUUGGGUUGGGAUGCAUGUACUGCGGCGGGCCGAGGCGCCGAGCGGCGGUUGGGACCUUGGUGCUAGAAUUGCAUGCAGCCACCCCUCUUCCCAAUGUCCC